GUGGACAGAGCUCUCUCGCCCGCGGCGUCUCCCCUUCCCUUCCCUUCCCUCUCCCUCUCCCUCUCCGGCCUCCCUUUAGGGGCCACGCUGAGUCACGCUCCGCCCAGAGCUGGGAGCCGCGGCUGGCUGUGGGGAGUACGAGCUCGGGAACUCGCGGGGAUUCCAGGAUGGGGUCCCAGGUCUCCGUGGACGCGUCCGUGCAUGUGGUCAUUGUCGGAGGCGGCUUCGGGGGCAUCGCGGCCGCCAGCCAGCUCCAGGCCUGGGGGGUCCCCUUCAUGCUGAUCGACAUGAGAGACUCCUUCCAUCACAACGUGGCGGCGCUCCGGGCCUCUGUCGAGAGCGGAUUUGCCAAGAAGACGUUCAUCUCCUACACGAAGAGCUUCCAGGACAGCUUCCGGCAGGGCCUGGUGGAGGGGUUGGACCUGGACAAGCAGAGGGUGCUGCUCCGGGGCGGGGAGGCCCUGCCCUUCUCCCACCUCAUCCUGGCCACUGGCAGCCGCGGCUCCUUCCCCGGCAAAUUUAACCAGGUGGCCACCCUGCAGGAGGCCGUCGAGGCUUAUGAAGAGAUGGUGAGGCAGGUCCAGAAUUCCCAGCACGUUGUGGUGGUUGGAGGAGGCUCGGCCGGGGUGGAGAUGGCCGCAGAAGUGAAAACCGAUUACCCUGAGAAAAAGGUUACUCUCAUUCACUCCAAAACCCCACUGGCUGACCCGGAGCUCCUGCCUUGUGUUCGGCAAGAAGUGAAGAAGAUUCUCCUUGAGAAGGGAGUGGAACUUGUGUUGAAUGAGCGAGUGAGCAACCUGGAGGAACUUCCUCUCAAUGAAUAUCAUGACAGUAUCCGAGUACAGACAGACAAGGGGACUCAGCUGGUGGCAAACCUGGUGAUUCUCUGCACGGGGAUAAAGAUCAACUCCUCGGCGUACAGCAGUGCCCUGGGCGAUAAGAUGGCUGGCGACGGUGCCUUGAUGGUGAAUGAGCACCUGCAGGUCCAGGGCUUCCGUAACAUCUAUGCCAUUGGGGACUGCGCCCACGUGAAGGAGCCCAAGAUGGCAUACCAUGCAGGCCUCCAUGCCAACAUUGCCGUGACCAACAUUGUCAACAGCAUGCAGCAGAAGCCGCUCAAGACCUACACGCCAGGCGCCCUGACCUUUCUGCUGUCCAUGGGGAGGAACGACGGCGUGGGCCAGAUCAGCGGCUUCUACGUGGGGCGGCUCAUGGUCAGGUUCGCCAAGAGCCGAGACCUCUUUGUGUCCUCGAGCUGGAAGACGAUGAGGCAGACGGCCCCCGCGUAGAGGCCGGGGACGAGGAGAAGGACCUUCAGAGCUCCAUCUUGUGGGGAAACUUCUGGAGACUCCUCGGUCAACACCCCAACAUGAGGAGGAACAAGAGGAGGACUUUGAAGGCCGGAUGUUCCAUAGUAGAGCAGCACUGCACUGCCAAUUAGCGCAACAAAACCGUUCUUGAUCUAUUAAACACUUGGCGUCCCCUGGACGGAGGCCUCUGGCCGGCCGGCCCAGCGUGGCUGAGGGCUGGCCUGAGGGAACGGGCCGGCCCAGGACAGAGCCCCGGUUCCUGGCUUCAGGACUAAAGGAACCAAUGCAGAUUCUCAGCCAACGUGAGGGGUGGAAAGAGCCCUGGAUCGGGUUCCGAGAUCCGGAUGCUUCUCCUCCAGCUCUCGGUCCCGCCGGGGCCUGGGCUCGGGCCGCCUGGCCCCCCUCAGCCUCCCGUAGGGUCUUCCAAGGCCCCGGGUUUUCAGCUGCGGUUUCCAUCCCUCACUUGUCUUGCUGAAUCUUCCUGUCAGGGCGACCCGGCUCCAGUGCAGAGAAAGUGGCUGCUCCUCCUUUGCCAAAGGCAGGGAGGGCCGGCCUCGUUCAGUUCAUACCCAAAAGCACUCGCUUUGGCCUUUAGCUUCUCAGUGAUUGCCCCAACCCUCUGCAACUGCCCAUGGAGGCUCCCCACCAUCCCUAGAGGAGGGCCCGCUUGUGACCCUGCCGGAAUAGCCGCUCGCCCCUGGCAGGCCCCAGAAGGGGCUUAGAUGGCAUCUAGGGUGCCCCCCCCCAUUUUAUGAGGCCCAGCAGCGAAGUAGCUUCUCUGAGCUAACUACAUGGCCGAGGAGGAGACGGAUCUACUCAUUCCAUCCCCCUCUCACCAUCCGCUUCUCCGCAGAAGGCCCAAGGAGGCGACGGCUUCGCCGGCCCAACGGACCCUUCUCGUUCAAGCUGCUAAGGGCCGCUGGGGAAGUGGGAGCCCUUCCUCCUGGGCUAACUGGGUCCCGGCCAGCAUCCGUCCCGCCCCAUGCGCAAUACCACGAAAUGACUUUCCAAUUUGGGGACAUUACAAAAUUGGUUGCAAUAAAAUGGAGUGUCAGAAGAAGGA